AUGCCGAAAGAAUUGGCAUGCGAUGAGCUAUACCCAGUCUCCGUGGCCGAGGAUCUGUUGAAGAAGCAGCCUGAUUGGUCAACCUCUGAUCAGAUAGAGCCCAGUACCGCGAACCACGACCAGAUUGCGUCUCCAGAGCCUGCUCUCUCUCUAUCAGAUCAGAACAGUAACGAUAUCCAGUGGAUUAAGACCAACAUCGUAGAUGCGUACGGCUUUAAAAAGCACGCUUCCAUGGAUAUGUGGAUCUCGCAGCCGAACUUUAAAGGUAAAUUUGGCACGAGGCAAUUCACAACGGCAGCCGAGAAGGCCAAAGCGUUCUUUAAACGCAACAACAACUGGGAAGCCACCAAGAAAAACCCUGCUUUCCGAACGAGUCGAAGCUGCACCAGUCUGCUCUACAUUACAGCGGCCAGGUAUUUAUACGUCACGCAAGUAUUAUACGAACAAAGCGGGAAAAAGCUGGCCCCUUGUGAACGGUCACGUGAUGGCAAGACAGUCAUCCCUUCAUCCGGGGUCUGUUACCCGGAACCGUACGGCACUGCUUCGUGCACUUCCGACUACGAUGUCGGACUAGUCGGAGAGGCCUCGGGAACGUUGACGAUGGAAUUCAACAAUUUCUUUAAAAAGGAGUUCGGGAAGCCUUCAGAGCUUGUAUUCGACACGAAUGUUUACGCGUUUACUCUGGAAUUUGCCAUGCCGUUUAUAUUCAGUGGGUUGCCGCAAGGGUUUGAGGCGAGUGUAAAGAGAGAGGAGAGCACGCCCGAGUUCCGUGCGCAGGAGCUCGUCAGCGCCUAUUACAAAGUCUACAAGUACAACGAGGGGUUCUUCGAUAAAAUGGUGAAAGGUGCGACGAAUUCAUUCAGGCAACAAGCGAACAGUCUUAAGACUAACCUGAUAAAAUGGCUGAAGAAAAUUGAUGCUUUGAACAAGAAAGUCUCCCUCAAAGGAAGCAACAUCCGCGAUAGACAUAACGGAGAGUACCAGAAGCUGGUCCAAGCCAUGACUACCGCUGGAGGGUACAGGAACCCUAGAGAUAAGCUAGAGAAACUGGCCGAAGCUCUGCUCUACGCCGCGGAGGCCUACCAUUCCCGUGGUGCUAUUCGGCACGUGGUGGGUGGUACCCAGAUGAAGGUUGUGGAUAACCAGAAGUCGCUCUCCACGAAUGACCUGUGGGCUUCGAUGGUAGAGAACUGGGGGGAUUCAAACAAGGAAUUCGCGCAUUGUGGUGGGAUCCCUGUGGAGGAGUGCUUCCUGAAGAUGAGCAAGUACAUGUGGAGAAUGCUACAAGCAAUGAAGAUUGUACGGAGCCGUCUUUCUCCUAACGGCCGCGCAGGACUGGUGAACUUCGCCGAGCCCCUUGCCAACCCAGAAGUCCUAGCGGAAAUGUGGUUGCACUACAAGAAGCGUGGUAAAACAGCCAUACCAACCUACAAAAAACAUCUUCAACAAUUCUUCAGGCAGUUUGGGUGCACAAACGAAGUAUUCGGUAAACCGCUGACAGCACAGUGCGUAUCGCAGAUGCAUGAUCAAAUCAACAAGUACAACAGCCGUCUUGCAAGCGAGGCUAAGGACAGAGAGUAGACUGGUGACGAUUCCGAAGGAGAGAGUAUUGGCUUGGGACAAGUUAAAGGGACGGGUAAGCGAGGUAAAAGAAAAGAGAGAAGAAUGGGAACGAGUCAGAAGGGCAGAGAGUGGAAUUCAUACCAGGAUGAUGACACGUGCAAGGGCUCAUGGGAUACUAAGUGCAUAAAAAUCCCAGAAGUCUACUAGAAAGGUCUUGCGCAUGCUCAGUGCAAUCUUAACAUAA